AUGUUGUCCAUACUUCGAAAGGCCCGCUUAAAGGAUAAAGAAAUGCGUAUAUUGAUGCUGGGUCUUGAUAAUGCGGGCAAGACGACCAUCGUCAAGCGAAUUAUGAAGGAGGAUGUCACAACAGUCAGCCCAACUCUAGGAUUUAUUAUCAAAACAAUUGACUUUAUGGGAUACAAACUCAACAUCUGGGAUGUUGGAGGACAAAAAACACUUCGAUCCUACUGGAAAAAUUAUUUUGAAAAGACUGACACAUUAGUCUGGGUUGUUGAUGCCACCGAUCGACUCCGGGUUGACGAUUGUCGACAAGAGCUCUCGGGUCUGCUUCUUGAAGAGCGUCUUACGGGAGCUAGUCUACUGGUAUUUUUAAAUAAGACAGAUGUGGAAAAUUGCAUGAGUGAACAGGAGGUUCGAGAAAUCAUGACUGUUCCUAAUGAGAGUUCCGAGGAUGUCAAUGAUUUCCUUCAGCGCAUCCGGGAACUAGGUGAGCGCCGCGACAAGGAAGAUGAUGAGCGCACCAAGAAACUGGAGGAAGAGAUUAUGCAGGGGAGGAAGGAAAGGCAAGCCCGGAGAGCUGAGCGUGCACGAUCACUGGCCCUUACCGACGAUUCCUCUACCCUGAAUAUCGCGCGACUGAGUACUUCAUCUACUAGUCCUCGGUCGAUCGAUCCCCCGGAACACCUCGAACCAACACCGCAAACACCACAAGAAUCAGGACCCGAGCCCCCGAUGCCGAGCGCCGUGGAUUUGAGUCAAGACACGGAGGUUUCUAAUACCGACAAGCGGCGCGGAUCGGUCCCGGACCUCGGAAUGGAUUCACCCUCAAGGGCACGACCACCUUUGGCCCGCAGCCGCGCGGGGACUCUAUCAUGGCAGCAACGCCCGUCCUCACGGGAUUUCGGCAUGUCACCUGCAACAUCCCCAACUCGUUCCCCAACUCGCGCAAGCCACCUGAGAAACUUGUCUACGGCAUCGGAUGAGAACACACUAUCUCGACUCCAAUUUGGGUUCCCGCGGCCCUCGAAGGAUGUCCCUGUGCUCCCUCCAUCACCGGACCGUGGGGCUGGGUCGGUAGCAUACAGUGGGAAGGAGGAACAGAAGGAUAACCACACAAAUGUGGGCGUGGGGCACCAAGAGCCGGAAGUGGGCGAAGAAUCAAGUACUGAACUAGAUAAACUUGAGGCAGUAGAAGAGAGGUCAUCGUCACCUCCGAGAACAGGGUCUCGCGAUAGCAACAUGAGCCAUCGCUUCUCCGUAUCAUCGGUUUCAGCCGGGUUGGGGUCGCCAGUGCAUCUGUCAGAGACCACGAAGCUCGAACCUCGACAGAAUGAUUCCUUUGAGGAAUCUGUGCCGUCUCCAACACAGCGACGGAUGUCACCAGAGCGAAGCCGGUCGACCUCGCCCACCAAGGGCUUAGGAGGCUUUGUUCAGAGUGCUAUGAUGAGAAGAUCAGAUAGUGUGUCGAAAAGGUGGAGUGGGCAAAUUCCGCAGGGACUUGGGCGGUCAAAUUCCAUUGUGUCAAAUCGAAGCAGUGUGGCAGGUCCAAGUUUGGGUGAAAUGACCCCUCCAACUCUUGGGCGAGUUGCUCGUGAUCCUUCAACUCUCCUGCGACCAGGCUCCAGUCACAGUGAGGCACACACUGAGACAACCGAACGACCAACCACACCUUCUGGACCUGAUAGAGACAGUGUGAAUUUUGAAAGUCCAGGAAAAUCAUUCCGACCGACUCACUCGCGUUCUGCUAGUUCUGCAACUGCAGAUGGGAGUGAAAGUGGUUUCGUCUCGAAAACCAUGGAUUCUAGACGCUGGAGCCCCAAUAAGGCUUCUUGGUUGGAGAGUGCCCUUAACCGACCAGAGCUACCACGACAAACAACAAGACCCCCGUCGCAGCCUAAUUGGGCUAAAGAUCGACAAUCGCGAGGUAGCGUGGAUUUUGGACGAGUCAACAAUUUCAAAGAAGUCACCCCUCUCGGUUUGAUGCGAACACCCCCGCCGGGAACUCAAACGAAACUACCUGGAUCUGGUCCAUCCCUUCCUACAAGUCCUAUUAAGGAUGGUGUUCCCGAAUCUCCAUUAGGGUUUCCUCUGAAGAAAGUUGGUGCCUCUGGUCCAUCACUUCCUACGAGCCCUACGAAGGAGGCAGUUCCUGAGUCUCCAUCUGGAUUCUCUCUGAAAAAAGUUGGUGUCUCUGGCCCAUCACUUCCGACGAGCCCUGCAAAGGAGGCAAUACCUGAGUCUCCAUCUGGAUUCCCCUUCAAGAAGCCAAGCGUCUCGGGUUCAUCGUUUCAUAGGAACUCUGUCUCAGAAACCCCUUCAGAAUUCCCUUUCAAGAGGCCUGGUACCUCUGGAGAAUCAGUCGGCGGAAGCCCUGAAGCCAAGCUCAUAGAAACAGUACCCGAGUCUCCCUCGUCAUUCCCUUUUAGAAAGCCAAGUGUCUCGGGCUCAUCACUCCACCGGAACUCUAUCUCUGAGCCUCCAGUGGAAUUCCCACUCAAGAGGCCAAGUGUCUCUGGUCCCUCAGUUUCUGGAAGCCUUGCCAAGGAGACCGUACCUGAGUCUCCGUCGGAGUCCCCUUCGAAGAGACCGGGCAUUUCGAGUCCCUCGAUCCCUGGCACCCCCGAAGCAAAAUUGAAGGAGAUAGUCCCGGUAUCUCCGUUGGUUCUCGGUAGCCCUAACGCCGGACAAACAGAAGAGGAAACCCCGGCUGCUCCAUCGCAUGUCGAUGAAGCCCUGAAUGCCCUAACAGGCGGUGCAUCGACAGAGGAACCUAAAUCUGCCUCCCCCGCUGAAAAAGGGAAUGAAUUACCGGCAUCUGAAGCGUCCGAAGUCACCACUGAGCCUCAAGCUACUCCCACUCGCAGGGCCCCUCCCGACUCGCUGAGCCCCAAACCAAACUUUUCUGUCUCUACUUCCUCACGGGGGCCCAUUUCACCCAAGGUGAAGCCACAAUCUCCUGUGGUGGACUUCCGGGCAAACCUACGGAAACGAGAAGUCGUCAAAGAUAGCGGGGAAAACCAAGAACCAGAAUUUAAGAACGUAUUUGGACGUCUCAAAAAGACUGAAACUCGCAACUAUGUUGCUCCCGACGAGCUCAAGGGCAAUAUACUACGAGGAAAAGCUGCUUUGAACACCACCGGUGGACCCAAAAAGACCGAGAGAGUCGAUGAAUUUAGAAAGAGCCUUGUGUCACGCAAAGAUGAGAUGAAAGCUGGCGGAGGCUCCAUCAGACGGAACACCGCUGGAGAGCGGGAUGCACCAAAACCAGCCGAGGUCAUACCAGAAGCAAUUGCCAUGCGUCAGAAUAUGACCCGGGCAAAUAGCAUCAAGCAACCACUUGUGGGUGAGCCGAUAUCGCCCGUUAAAAGCUUGGGCUCUCGGCUUUCGCAGGACAGACCAGUAUUGUCGUCCCCGAGUUCAUCUUUCAAAGGCACCAGUCCAUCGCGAAUUUCCCAAGAACCACAGCCAUCGUCACCAUUUACUGCCAAUGAUGAGCCGGGAUGGCCCUUGAAGGGAACCAGUUCCUCGCGAGCAUCUCAGGAAUCGCAGCCAGUGUCGCCAUUCCCUGCCGAUGAUCCUAUUGACGAGGAGCUAGAGGCAACCCCGGCGGCGAACGACUACAACAAGACUCCCGAGGUGGUAUCUUCAGCAAACAAAGAGGGAACACGUGAAGUCGUUGCACCAAUCGAGCCCAGCGUAGUUAAAAUGCAGGAGCCUUCAGUCAAGACACUCCGCCCAGUUCGUCAAUGGCCACCGGCGCCUGCCGCAGAGGCUACGGUGACUCCAAGUAUGGCACCUAAAAACAAAUUGGCAGGCCGAAUCAACCCUGCGCUAGCUGGCCUACUUUCUCGUGGCGCGCCUGCCGGCGAUGUGUCGAAGAAGCAGCUGCCAACAUCUGUCACCGCGCAGAAAGACCCUGCUUCGCCGUCUGCUCCUCUCACGCACAUCACAAAGGGUCGUGCCAGAGGUCCAAAGAGACGACUGCCCCAGACAAUUGAUGUCUCGACCCCGUCCCCUACGGAUGAUACUAAGGAGGUUGGUGAUAUUUCAUGCUUUGAAGCCACCCCGUCACAAACUCCUAUAAUCCCUGUUGAAUCCUUGGAAAUCGAUUCGGAGCACUUGUCACAGCCUGAUGAAGACCCAUUUCCUGACAUCAAAGACUCCCGUUCAGACAGCCCAGUCACCGAGCAACCUCCGGAGGUGACCACUCCUCCCCAGGAUACCCUCGAACGCGAUACGCCUCAAAGCGGAGUCCCGCAAGCACUUCAGACCCGUUCCCUGGCAACGGAUUUCACCAUUUUUCCCUCCCCCAAUCUUGAGGCGACACCCAGAGACCCCGAAACCCCUGGAGAGGUGAGUUCAUCAAGCGCACCGCCCGUCCCGCCGAAGUCCGAAUCGCCCACGUCCCCCUUGCCUGCAACACCCAAGUCACAAUGGGGCCAGCAAAACCGGUUUGCGUCCUCAUCGCCAUCCCCUCUCCGAACAAGUCACAAAGAGAACCAGAUGGAUUCACGCAUGAGUCAGGAGAAGAGCAUCCCCCCAGUCGGUGUUACCAUCGAGUCAGCACGCAGUUCCGUCUCACGGCCCAUGAGCCAUCCCUCCCCGCCAGUGCCCCCUAAAGACGGUAAUGUUAUGCUUCACAAGCCAACCGAUCCGCGCAGACUUUCAAGGAAGAUGUCUGCUCCAUCACUUGUUGCUCAAGCUAGUGAGGCACGUGAAGUCAUUGCGGGCUUCUUCAAAACAUUCCCCAAUGCUCGAAACCGGAUGGACAUUGAUCCGCAGCUGAUGCUGAUGCGUAAACCGGACGAUGCAAAGAUCAGGACCGUGAGGCUACAGAUCUGGGAGCUCACAGGUGAUGGGAGACGUCAGGAACUUCCUUCCCACCAGGAGUACAUUCUAUACCAAGGUAGCAUGUAUCUCUGCGUGCACGUAUUCGAGUCCGGACGAAGCAGCACUUCGGAAGUAUACCUCUGGCGUGGAGAUGAUGUCCCGGAAUCCUCGGUGGAGGAUGAACUGCCAUUCGCGCGCAAAGUCGCCCGUGAUAAUAGCUCCAAGUUGCAAGUCAUUCGACAAGGCAAUGAACCCAAGCGAUUCAUUCAAGCGCUUGGUGGCAUUAUGAUUACGCGUCGUGGAUCCAGCUCACGCCACAAUUCAUCGGCUCUCUACAUGCUUUGUGGACGGAAACACCUGGGCGAGAUGACCUUUGACGAGGUGGACUACUCACUGCGCAAUCUCUGCUCUGGUUUCCCAUAUGUUGUCUCCGCACCCUUUGGCAAGCUCUACCUAUGGAAGGGCAAAGGUAGUGGCCCCGAAGAAACCGGUGCAGCCCGACUUAUUGGCAUGGACCUAGGUCUGACUGGAGAAUUUGAAGAAGUCGCCGAGGGCGAAGAGCCGGAGGAAUUCUUCGAUGUCUUCGCAGGCCCCAGGGAGGCCGCGCCACACAUGUGCCAAGAUCACUGGCAGCUCAAGCCGAAGUACAACCACUUCCGCACGCGCCUCCUCCGGGUCGACCACGAACCCAACCAGCCAACUCGGUUCUGGAAUCUUCGCCGUCCAGGCUCAGGUUCGCCAGUGGUCAAACCCAACGAUUGCAUUCAGGAAAUCGAGCCAUUCUGCUACCGGGACAUCACCGAUAAAGACGUUUACGUUCUGGACACCUUCUUUGAGAUAUACGUUAUUAUCGGCGAUCAAGCCUCACAGAAGUCUGCCGAAUUCGCUUCGGCAGUGGUCUUCGCGCAUGAAUAUGGUAUCCUGGCCACAUCCCUACAGGAUCGACCAUUCAUCCCCAAAAGCUACGUAGCCAUCGGUGGCGUCUCCGACCGCUGCCAAAGCGCAUUCCGUAAAUGGAACCCUCGCACCCAGAAUGCGCCUUUCGUGUUCUCUCUCGAUGUUGUUAUCGAGGCGAUUCGAUCACCAGAGGAGAAUGAGUGA